GAGGCGGCGCGGGGGCCGGGCCCGGCCCGCGGGGCGGAGCCGCCGGCCUUUCCCCACCCCCGGCGCCCGGCCCUGCCGCCAGCCCUGAGCUCCUCCAGCCGCCCUGCGCAAGUCUCCGGCCACAUCGUCCGCACCAUGAAGGCGCUCCUGCUCGCUGUGCUGGCCGCGGUGCUGUGCGUGGAGAGAGCCCACACGCUCAUCUGCUUUUCCUGCUCGGAUGCCUCCUCCAACUGGGCCUGCCUGACGCCUGUCAAGUGUGGAGAGAAUGAAAACCACUGCGUGACGACGUACGUCGGAGUGGGACUCGGCGGCAAAUCCGGCCAGUCCAUCUCGAAGGGAUGCUCUCCCAUCUGCCCCAGCGCCGGGAUCAACCUGGGAAUAGCGGCCGCCUCCGUUUACUGCUGCGACUCCUUCCUCUGCAACAUCAGCGGUUCCAGCAGCGUCCGAGCCAGCUACGCCAUCCUGGCCUUGGGAAUUCUCAUCAGCUUCAUCUACGUCCUCCAGGCUCGCCAGUGAUGGGGCUGCCUGAGGAAGAGCCGCCUCCCACGGGUCUCGUUAGCCAAUAUCUUCUCUGUUGCUGUCUGCAAGGAGAUCCUCUACUUCUCAGCAGGCUUCCAAGGUGAUUGUUUCCCGGACUUUUUUUGCUCUUCCAAGCGCUGGAGACCUGGGUGGUUUGGCCGAGCUGUUCUCCUCCUCCUGUGGACGUCUCCCGCUGCACUCUCGCUCCUCCUUCGCCAAGGUGGAUGAUUUUGGAAGGGUUUCUGCUUUUUCUACCUAUUAAUAAUCCCCCACUCCCCCACACCCCCUAAUUUCUAAGGUUGGUUAAACCAGGCUGGGACUCACUGAGAACAGAUUUCACCCCAAGCACCACCAGGUCUGCUCCAGCACAUGGGUGGCACAGGCAGAGGGAAUGCAGGAUCCAAAGGGAGACACAUUCCUGGCCCCUCGCAGCUGCAGUCUCUUUUUAUAAAAUAGUCUCGUUUCUUCUGAUCCUGGGCUGACUUUUCUGGAAAACCAAUGCCGUGUACCUUGUCCUUUCAAGUUCUGUAAGUGCCAGACCUGAAUAAACUUGCUCCUGUUGUUACCUGA